AUGUGUGGCGGUGCUAUCAUCGCUGACUUCAUUCCUCGCCGUGGAGGCCGCCGCCUUACUGCCUCGGAGCUCUGGCCUAACUCUUUCGGCCAACAGCUUGACUCCUCCUCAGACUUCGGUUUUCCUGAUCAACUACCACCCAUUACUCUCAAAAGAUCAGACCCUCCUAAAGUUAAUGAACGAGUUGAAAAGCCUGUGAAAAAACAGAGGAAAAACCUCUACAGAGGAAUCCGACAGCGUCCAUGGGGAAAAUGGGCUGCUGAGAUUCGUGAUCCCAGAAAAGGUGUUCGUGUUUGGCUUGGUACUUUCAACACUGCUGAAGAAGCUGCUAGAGCUUACGACAAAGAAGCUCGAAAAAUUCGAGGUAAAAAAGCUAAGGUUAAUUUCCCCAACGAAGAUGAUGCAUAUUCUGUUCAAACUCGUCGUCCACCACCUAUUCGACCACCGAGUCCAAACCCGAAUCAUUCUCUCUAUCAUCAACAACAAUAUCCAAAGAAUCUGAACCUGGAGUUUGGUUAUGAUCUGAACCGAACUGAACCGUUUAUAAUAUCUGGUUCUGGUGGUGAUGAGAAUUCUGUAUAUGGGUCUGGUUCAUGUUCUGAGGUUGGUUACUCUGUACUAGAGUUCGGUUCCACUCGAAAUGAAAAUGGUUAUUUCGGUGGUGUUGUGAAUGAACAUGAAAAAGAGAAAGAGAAAGCGAAAGCGAAAGCGAAAGAAUCAAAUGAACAAGAAGCACGUGCUGAAGCUGAAGCGGCGAAGAAUGAAGUUCAAGAGUUAUCUGAUGAAUUGAUGGCGUACGAGGAUUACAUGAAGUUUUAUCAGAUUCCGUACUAUGAUGGACAAUCGAUGCCACCGAAUAUUGUUCAGGAGCAUGUUGUUGGGGAUUUAUGGAGCUUUGAUUGA